GGCGUUGUUUGGUCGCCAUAUUAGCAGGAGACUCCCUUUUUCUGUUCGAUCAGUGCGGUUAAUGGGCAAAAAUGAGCGAUGAAGACCGAGACGUGGAUAUCGAAAGUGACAUCGACGAUGACGACCAAAUUUCCAUCGACGGAAUGGGAAGUGGCAGCGGCAGUGGAAGUGGCAUCAAUAUCCCCGAUGGAACUCAGUUUAUGACCCAGGCUGAAAAGAGAGCACACCACAAUGCUUUAGAGAGAAAACGUCGAGACCAUAUUAAAGAAAGCUUUAGUAGUCUUAGGGAUUCCGUGCCUGCUUUACAUGGCGAAAAGGUAAGGCCUAAGGUGUCUCGGGCACAGAUCUUGAAAAAGGCUUCUGAUUACAUACAGUACAUGAGGAAGAAAAAUCAUUCUCAUCAAUCGGAUAUAGAUGAUUUGAAGAAACAAAAUUAUUUAUUAGACUCCCAAGUCCGUGCAUUAGAGAAAGCAAAAUCAACCGGCCAGUUUGCCAACCAGGCAUCGACCGCUGGUAACCCUACUCCAGCUGUGAAUCCUAAAGGCGGUGCCGUAUCGGCAUUCGAUGGUGGAUCUGAUUCGGAGAGUUCAGAAUCGAUAGACGCUAGCAAGAGUAAACGAAAAAAGCUAAAAACAACGCCUAAGUGAGCUGGGUGGUUUUAGACUGUGGUGAUUAAAAAUAUAGGUAGAGCGUCAUGAAUUGGAAGGCAGCAUCCAGCACCAAAUUUUAUGUGGCAUUUGGGAAGGUCCAUGAUAAAUACUCACGGUGGACUUAUGGAUCAAAUUAUCAUAAUUGUGGAUGUGUCAUGGCCCAGGUGGGUGGUUCUUGACCCUUCCUCAUUGAAAUUAAAUCCCUGGCGUGACUUGAGAUGAAUUUUGUGGACAUACUUGUUUGUUAGAUCUUAUUUGAACUGUGAGAUCAAUUGCAGGAGGUCAACAUUCUGGGAAGGCUGAAUUUUACUGAUAGGAUGCCAUAUUAGAAUAGUAAUAAAAUUGCUAAGUCUUCUUUGACAAUUUUGUUUUAAAAUGUCAAUUUUUGUCCAAACCAAUGACACCAACCACUGCAUGGUUCACAUGUUCUAUUCAUGCAUGUCUUUGGUAGAACUUGUAAAUUCAUCUCAAGUCAGUUUACAGUUUAUGUGUGCUAUUUAAAAAUGGUAUUUGUGGCAUUUUUCCACACUCUGCGGAAUACUUAAUUCUGAAGGCAUUAAGUCAGGUUGUAUCUUCCUUUCUGAUAGCAAGAAUUGGUGGUGUUAUUCUACAGGCAGGACCACACAGCUGCAAGAUACUGUGUAGAUGCUAUUGAGCUGGUUUGUGCAGGCCUGCACUCUUCAACUGGCUCAAUGGCGUCUACACAAUAUUUCCUUACCUGAAUUUCCUAUGAUUUCAUACAAGUUUUUUGGUCUAUGCAUAUUUCAUGAUUUACUUAGCUGUAUCGAACUUUGAAUGCUGGAUUGUAUGCAUUAUAUAACCAACUUGACCUUUUGGCCUACCCAUAUAAAAAUAUGGAAUGAUUUAUAUUUAGUCUGUCUGGUCUUUCCACAGCUGUAAAGCAUGUGUGCGAAAGAAGUACAUGUAGUCCACAUCAUUUGCAGUUGGAAGUGAUACCGGUGCAAUAAGUAAAAUACAGCAAGGAAUAUGACUGGUGCAUCAAUUGUCAUUAGUUGUAGGGUUUUUUUGGUUAUAUUUUCCAUGUAAUCCAGUGUAUAAUACAUAUAAAAAUAGCCAGUUCAGAACAUUUUUUUCUUGAAAUUGUAGAUAAUGAGUAUAUACGGGUUGCAUUGUACAAAGUUGGCUGUGUUUCGGAUAUGACAAUUCUGUUAAAAAGUUGCCUUUGAAAAAAGAAUUGUGGUCGCAGGAAAAAUGUUUGCAAGUAAACUUGUCUUUAGGUGCUGAGAAUCUAGUGGAAUGUCGGUAAAAUGUGGUCAUUCACUGGAAAUAAAUUUUAGAGGUAAGAAAAAUACAAAAGGCUAUUGUAUCCCACCAAAGAAAAGUUGUUUCUGGGAUGGAGUGCAUGAGUAUUCAAGUGGAGUGCAACACCAGCAGCACUCUUAUUAUGAUUUAUGAUUGUUAAAGCAAAUGUGAAGCAUGCAAUUCAUCAUGCCGUACAUGUAGAUGGCUGAUAUUUUCUUGGCUCUGAUGAACUGAAGUCUGGAAGGACAAUUUAGUUUGCCAGUAAAUCAAUGGUCCAGUUCUAGUUGUGCAUGUAGGUGUGUGGUAAUUAUUGAUCUCGGUUCCUCAAUAAUAGACGUAUCCCUGUCGUAUGGUAGGUCCUUUUCUCUUGUUGGUGCUCCUUAGUGUCGUGGAGGGAACAUUCAAGUAUUUAUCAUCUAGUUUUCAAAGAGUAUGAUAUGCACCUUUCUUUUCAGAGAAAGGUACAAAUUUAAAAAUCUUUCUAUUUGAACCCAAGCUAAGACUGAAAUUCUUUGAUCAUGCUAAAGUUUUGAGUCUUCUACUUGGAAUUGUCCUCUAUCUGACUUCCAUAUAUCAGUGUUGAAUGUCCUAGCACAAAUGACUUCACUAUACGUCCCGAAAACUGUAGUUAGGAACCUUUACUAAAAUCGGAUGUUGUCGAAUAGGGUGUUUUAUUUCUAUAUAGCCGGACAGUGGAACUUCCUCUUCUUCAAUUUCUGUUUGGUUUUUGCCCAAUGAGGAAAAAGAAAAGUGAUCUCUUGCCAUUUUUGCACAUGGAGGUGUCCUAACAUUUCACCAGCAAUUGUUGAAAUCCUGUUACUGGGACUGGGAUAAAAACGGAUUUAUGUAUUUUGUUGACAAUACAUGCCAUGUUUUAAUUUUGAUUUAACAAAAUAUCCAUGUCAAGUUGUAAAGAUUUCUUGGUUUUAUAAGCCUGGCUUUAUCAAAGUAAACUUAAACAUACAUGAAGUAUGUAUGUAUCCAUUGCCUCGGGCUCAGCAAUGGUAAUUUUAUUUCUACGGACACUAAACAAAUUGUUUGAUAAUUAGCAGAAAAUUAAACUUAAAGGAGGCUUAAGUACUGAGCCGAUUGGAUUUGUGAUAAUCUAUCUGAUAACUGAACUGUGUCAGUCCUUCCUGAUUGGAAAACCAGAGUCACUAGGUUUUUGUCAUUCCUCGUCAUUUUUCUGUGUCGGGAAGUCUUUAGAACGCAACAACCAUUUGAAUCAAAUGUAAAUAUCCAUAGGUUUGAAUCCUAUUGGCUGUGCAACAUGUUAAAGUUCCUCUAUCUUUUGAGUAAGUGUAAAUAGUAAUAAAUGUGUAUUAUACAAUGUAGAA